AUGCUUUUAAAAUUUCAUAUCAUAUUGAUAUUAGUUACAUUAUUUCAGACCCGGGGAGAAAGAUUAACUCAAAAUCAAACUGUAUCAGUCAUAAAUGAUUUAAGUAAUUUAGAUCCCUUUUUGGAUUUUGUAAAAAAUUUGAAAGAUACAAUAACGAUUACAACGGAGGAUAAUUCUGAUUCAAAGAUAGAGGAGGAUAUUGUCAAAAUCUCAAGAAUAGCAAAUGCUAAUAAUGCUGGUUGUUCUCUUUCUCUACGCAAUGAUCUCAAGGAUCCCAAAAUGCCUUUAUUGAUUAAACCUGGAACAAAUUUAUUCUAUCCUUAUGAUGAGAAUGGUGUUAUUAAUGUCGAUUUUAAUGGAGCAAUUGAAUUAGUUUGUACACGUGGAUUUGCCACUCCAGAUCAACCUUUGCUAACAAUUACAUUUGGUUACUGUAUAAGCGGCCAGACUUUCAAUAUUACAAAUAGUUCUAUGAAUUUAGGCACUGUGGCCUGCACUGCCUGGAAUGAUGUGACGGUUGCCAAUUUAAGCAACAGCUGUAAUGGUGGCACUACAUUAUUAGAUGUGGGGUUCCAAUUAGCUCCCAUGCGUUUUGCCAGUGUGUAUCAAGUGUGUUUUAAUGCAGAUUAUGAGGUAACCCGCUAUGUCCAGCAUACCCUGUAUAAGGGUGCUAAUAAUUAUCAAAACUCGCCGCGGCCCAGCAAAUUUUUAAAGGCAGGUUUCUUUGGUGGCGAAGAAUUGGAUGUCAUAUAUAUGAAACAAACACAAAAGGUUUUACUUGAUCGAAUUUUGGGCCAAGACUCGGCAAAAUAUUUUAAUGGCAAUGAUUACUAUUUGUCUAAAGGUCAUUUGGCGGCUAAAGCCGAUUUUGUUUAUGCCAGCCAACAGAGGACCACUUUUCUUUACAUUAAUACGGCUCCUCAAUGGCAGUCCUUUAAUGGCGGUAACUGGUUGGCUGUCGAGAAUGGGUUACGCCAAUGGGUGGAUACCAAAAAACUAGACUUACUGUGUUGGACUGGUGUUUAUGGUGUCACUAGUUUGGCCGGUGAAAUGAUGAACGACGUUGAACUUUUCCUAUAUGAAGAUAAUGAUAAACAUUUUCAUUUACCGAUACCGAAACUAUUUUUCCGUGUUGUUAUUGAACCGAUUAGUAAACUUGGUGUGGUCUUAGUAGGUGUUAAUAAUCCUCACGUUCCUAUAAAUAUUAUUAAACAGAGCUAUGUCUUGUGUGAAGAUGUUUCAGAUAAAAUUUCUUAUAUAAAUUGGAAGAGGCUUGACCUGAAGAAUGGAUAUUCCUAUGCUUGUGAGGUCAAUGAGUUUCGAAAAGUUGUAACCCAUUUACCAAUGUUUGAUGUUCGGGGUUUGUUAGUCUAAAAAAAUAGUAUUUAAAAGUUAUGACACCAUAUGAAGUAUGUCUAGUAAAUAAUAAAAUAAAAGUGA